UUCCAUUACGGUCUGUUUUUAAGAACAAUACAGUCCAUUGUACCGGCCCACCCAAUGGCUCCUCCUAGUCCCAGCACCACCAGCAGUAAUAACAACAGCAGUAGCAGCAGCAACUCAGGAUGGGAUCAAUUAAGUAAAACAAACCUUUACAUCAGAGCACUGCCUCCAAACACCACUGAUCAGGACCUGGUAAAAUUAUGCCAACCGUAUGGGAAAAUUGUAUCCACGAAGGCUAUUUUGGAUAAGACAACAAACAAAUGCAAAGGUUACGGUUUUGUUGACUUUGACAGCCCGGCAGCUGCUCAGAAGGCAGUUUCUGCUUUAAAGGCUAGUGGAGUCCAAGCACAGAUGGCAAAGCAACAAGAACAAGAUCCAACUAACUUAUAUAUUUCCAAUUUGCCACUUUCAAUGGAUGAGCAGGAGCUUGAGAACAUGCUUAAACCGUUUGGACAGGUUAUCUCCACGAGGAUACUGCGGGACUCAAGUGGGACAAGCCGUGGUGUUGGCUUCGCAAGAAUGGAGUCAACAGAAAAAUGUGAAGCAGUGAUUGCUCAUUUUAAUGGAAAAUUCAUAAAGACACCAGCAGGAGUUUCUGUUCCUGCAGAACCUUUAUUGUGCAAGUUUGCUGAUGGAGGACAGAAAAAGAGACAGAAUCAGAAUAAAUAUAUACAGAAUGGAAGAGCAUGGCACAGAGAAGGCGAGGUGAGACUUGCUGGAAUGACACUCACCUAUGAUCCAACCACAGCUGCUUUACAAAAUGGAUUUUAUCCAUCACCCUACAGUAUUACAGCAAACAGAAUGAUCACUCAGACAUCUAUUACGCCAUAUAUUGCUUCUCCAGUUUCCACAUACCAGGUUCAGAGUCCUUCAUGGAUGCAGCCUCAACCAUACAUAAUGCAGCACCCAGGUGCUGUACUGACUCCCUCCAUGGACCACACCAUGUCACUACAGCCUGCAUCCAUGAUAAGCCCUCUGACACAGCAGAUGAGUCAUCUUUCACUAGGCAGUACUGGAACAUACAUGCCAGCCACAACAGCUAUGCAAGGAGCCUACAUACCCCAAUAUACACAUGUCCAGACAGCAGCUGUUCCUGUCGAGGAAGCCAGUGGUCAACAACAGGUUACAGUAGAGACGUCCAGUGACCAUUCUCCAUAUACGUAUCAACAAAAUAAGUAACUAUGAGAUGUCCAGUGUUGACCUGGCCUGGAGAAGGGUGCAAAGGCUGAAACAAUCAUGGAUUUUACUGAUCAAUUGUGCUUUAGGAAUUAUUGACAGUUUUGCACAGGUUCUUGAAAAUGUUAUUUAUAAUGAAAUCAACUAAAACUAUUUUUGCUAUAAGUUCUAUAAGGUGCAUAAGAAAAACCUUAAAUUCAUCUAGUAGCUGUUCCCAUGAACAGGUUUAUUUUAGUAAAAAAAAAAAUUUUUAUCAAGUGUUAUGACGCAAAAAAAAAAUAAAUUUGAAUUUCUGGGUAUGCACAGAUGACCACGAAGAUUUACUUACGUGCAUGACAGAAUUUGUGUUUUGGUUUAUUUUUGUUUGUUUCUUUUUCUUUCUUUUUUUUUUUUAAUUGUAUGAAAUGGGUUUUCUGAAGUUUAAAAUAGUAAAACAUCUAAGAUGAUGUUCUGUGCUUGCAGUGUGUGAGUGUUGCUUAAGUGCAGUGUUGCAGUUAUAGUGUCUGGUCUUUUAGCUUUCUGUUUUUCUUUUAAUGUAGUGUGAAGUGUCUUAUCCUUUUCUAUAAAUUCCAAUUUGCCUUAAAUCUUUCAAUGCUGUAGCUGUUUCAGUAAGUAGUCCAAACUAAUGGUGUAGAAUGCUUUGACCAAAUGAGCUGGUCUAUUAUGCCUUGUAAAACAGCAGCAUAGGGCUUUUAAAGGUAGUCAAUAAAAAUUGCUGAAAAUUUGGCUUUUUUAAUGUGUAGUAAGUGUUUUUAAUGAUUUUUUCACAUAAUAUGUAAGGUAGUGAAAUGCAGGAGGGGAAAAAAAUGUUUUGUGUGAAACACAUUUUCUGACUGGGGAAAUUUUAAUAGGAUAAAUUGUUUGUAAGGCCAUAUGCCAAUAGUUCCCUCUGGUAGUUUGAAUGAUUUAGGAACUCUGCUGUAUGAUGCAAUGUAAAAUCUUUUUUUUGCCUUUUUUUCAGAAACUAACUUGAUGUUCUAGUUUUAGCAUAGGUAGAGUAGGGAGUUUGGGGUGGGGAUAUCACGGAAUGUUUUUGUCCUUCCUUUAUACUAAUGAUAGUGCUUUAGGAUGAGGAUUGUGC